UUUUACAAGAAAAUCAAUUUUUUUUUAGAAAAAUGUUUAAAUUUCAAAUUAUUACAUCAUUUGUCAUCAUGAUGAUGAUGAUGACAAUCGACAUAAGUGAUGGCCAAUAUACAAAAGCAAAAAAUUGUUCCAUUGAUAAUUUUGAUCAAAGUUUUGCCCGUGCAUACGGUCAUUUUGGUGUCGAUAAACUUAAACUACCAACAUCGGCUGCUGAAUUGAAAACAUAUUGUAAAGAUAUUUUUGCUAAUAAAGUUUAUUCAAAAGAUUUUGGCACCCGUUGUUUGCUUGGUACAUCACAAACAUUAUUAAAUCUACAGGUUUAUAAUGUUGAUCGUGUGAAUAAACCAUAUUGUGCUAAAAAUGGAAAGAAAAAGGAUGAAUUUAUAAGUUGGUCAAAAUGUGGUAAUGCAGCCAAAUCGGAAACAAAAAAAUGCUGGAAAAGUAUGAAUGAUGGAAUGCAUCAAGCACGUAAAGUAUUGAAUACAAAAUCUCGUAUACCAAUUGUUUGCUGUAAAUAUUAUGCCUGGAUUAAAUGUAAUAGUGCUGCAUGGCGUAAAGUAAAAGAAUGUGAUGAUAAAUCUAUACAAGGCUAUGAAGAUCUUAUUCAUCGUUCAACAGUUGAUUCAAUGAAUUUAAUCUGUAAUCGUUUUGAAGAUGAUAAUGAAAAAUGUGAAAAAUAUUAUGAAGAAUUACCUAAAACUAAAGCAAAAAAUGUUCGUGAUAUUGCUAUUACAUAUAUUUUCGAUAUAUUUGAAUCAUUAUAAAUUUGAAUUGGAUUGAAUUGGAUUGAAUUGAUUUUUUCAAAACCAAAAUAAUUUGAAAUCUUAACCUUGAAUUUAACAAAUCGCACGCACACACACUUCAUUUGUACUUUUUUCUUGGUUGAUUAUAAUCUCUCUUUAAUUCUGUUUAAACUAAUAAUUUUUAUUUUCUUCGAAUAAACUACAAGAAUUUGUACUGUCAAGUUCAUUCCAAAAAAAAAAAA